ACACACAUUUUCUUUUUUCUAUAAAAAAAGUAACCCCAUACACUCAACUUCUUUUUAUCCCCAAAGGAGCUUUUUCUUGUCUUGAUUUUUUUUAUUCAAAAGGAAAAGAACAAUAAAAGGCUUUACGUAUCACAUUUCUUUUUUUUUAUUAUUUCAACUCUUGCUAAACCUUUAAAAAACCCCUUUUACCCUUUCUUCUGUUUGUUUUAGGUGUUUUAACAGCGAAACACCUGCAAAGGAAUAAAGUAACAGCACUGGAUAAACACACAGUAAUUCUUCUUUACGCUUCAAGCACCAUCUUUUCCAAGGCCACCAAAGAAAAGAAUAUAGAGCCCUUUAGUAGUAGUAAUAAUAGUAAUAGUAAUAGUAUAAAAUUGAGUCCAUGAUUAUCGCAAGUGCAGCUAAAAAGGAAAUACCAAUUCCUCUACAACCCAUGACAUCUACAGUUUCUUCAAACACAAACACAAACAACAACACUGCAGACAACUCUAAUGGCACAAACAAACGAACCCUCCGUGAAAAUGUUGAAGAAAUUGACCUUGUCACAAUCAAUAGUCGUCAUCCAGGACAAAAUGACUUCAUUGCUCAAGUAUUUGGACAGACAAGCGUAUUCAAUGCUCAAGUUGAAGAAACAUUGACCAUCACCACCAAGCAAACUGGACAUGCUGGGAAAUGUAUGAAAAGUCUUACUUGUGAAUCAUUUAUUCACAAUGAUGUCGUCUUUCUUAGUUCUCCUUUUGUUGGUAAUCAUGCUGGCCUAUUAAACUGGGCUGAUGGUGAAUUUCAAUCUUGUAUUACGCACUUGAUUGAACUUGCUGAAGAAAAGACAGGAUGUCACGCUUUAGUUGUCUGGAUUGAUAAACACCAGUACAAAGACUCUUUAAGCACGAUUUUACGUGCUUUUAUGUAUCUUGGCUUUGAGAUGGUAGUUCCUGGUGUGUAUGGCCAAGAACCCGGCUAUGUUCUUGUUGGCUAUGAAUUUUAAUCAAUAAAGCUUAUCUUCUCACGCACAAAUGGAAAAAUUAAACUCAUAUGCACUCGGCAAAACAUUUGAACGAAUCAGACAUCAUUUUGGAUUUGAGCGAGAAAGAACCCAUGGUUUGCAUUUAUAAAC